AUGUUGGUCCCUGAAGAUUACAAAAAGCUCGACGCCGCUUAUGAGCGGCUCCGCAUUGGGGACGAACGGUAUCAGGAGGAGUGGCGCGAAUACUGUUGCUUGAAGACAUUAACGUUUUCGUACACCCCUAAGCAACAGGAAUAUAACCCAGCAGAGUUCGCCCGUACUUGGAAUGCGGCUUUCGCCCUAGACCCCCAUGCCACGACUGGUACUUUCCGCGCUGGCGGAAGGAUAUUGAAUAUAUCAGGAAUACACGUUUGGGAGUUCGCCUUAUUCGCGUCAUUCCCCGAGUUUCACAACCGCGCUUUCGUCGAUUUCAAUCAGUUCAUUUCAUACUACGUGGACCAACUUCGGCACAAGGCCAGCGAGCUAGAGUCGUGGGGCUAUGAUAGACACCCUGAUGUGCAUCCCUCAGUAAUAUAUGCGCUGGUAGAAAACGCAAGAGUUGUCGCGAGGACAUUGCACCGAUUUACAUCGCCAAACCACGACAUUGGCGGAGACGGCAAGAACGAAGAAACAAGAAAUAAUCGAGCACACAUCGAGGCCAUCCAUCGGGAGCAUGUAACCCUCCUUAAAAACCAGGAGUUACUGAUGACGAGCGGGAAGUUCUCUCGUGUUGUUGCCUCUGCCAUGGCAAGGAUGCCAGAUGCACGGGACCUACAGUUCGGUGAAGCAGGUAUUGGCAGUAGGCCCAUACUAUGGCCCAACAACCUCAACGUCGGGGACAUCGUAUUCAAGUCUAUGCGUCUCCCGAUGUCCAAUUCAAAAAUGCUGAGGCACGCUCUUGGGCUUUCCAGUUACCAAUGCUUGGUCCAACUGAUGAUUGCUCUCAGACACGAGGGUGUUUUACUCAAUGGGAUCGAUAUUGGCCUGUGCCCUAUAAGAACUCCCGGGAGUCUGGCGCUUCCCCUGGACAUUCGGAAAAAGCUCUCGUUGAGUAUGCAACAGUUGAUGAACUUUAACAUCACAGUCCAUUCUGAGGGCCUGCCGCACCACCCGCCCGGGGCUGAUCUCAACGACUUCUUAUCCGCUUGCCUGGACACCUCCAGCCUACAAGAUGUCGGCCUCUUUACACACUCCAACACCUACGCGAAUAACACGGAGGAGGCAAUAGAUGUGGGAAAAGCCCUGGAGUCGAGGGCCCGGGAGAAGCUCACUCAUGUCGUCAUUGAAGGGUCGUCAGUCCACCUAUCCGAGCUAAUAGCCUUCCUCGACGCAUUGCCCGAGUCGAUAACCCGGCUCGGACUGUCUACUAUCCGCUUGUGCAGCGGCACCUGGAAAGAGGCUCUGGAUGAGCUUCGGAACAAGCAGUAUCAUGUCAAGAAAAAUAUUCUUAGGAUUCCCAGAGGCGCAGAGGUUAACUCCAUGUCAUGGAGAAAACAAGGAAAUAUAUUUGGCCACAAUCUCGACCACGACGGCACAUCUGACCGCGUCAAGGUCAGCGAAGUGGACCGUUACAUCGCCGGCCAAGAUAUGCAGCAAACCAAUCCGCUGCUAUAG